ACACAGACACAGACACAGACACAGACACAGACACAGACACAGACACAGACACAGACACAGGCCCAGGAGAGGGCUGUGAUGUCCACGCCUGCGCCUGCGUCCGCGCCCAAGCCGCAGUCCCUGCUCAGGCGGCGCAGGAAGGGGGCGCCGUCGAUCGCCACGCAGGCGUCGUCCAGCGAGCACAGCCUUGGCCAGGCGCCCGACGCGCACCCGCUCGACCGGCUGCGGCAGCUCCAGCGGCUGGCGAGCAGCGCCUGGGAGCCGCUGGGCACAGUCGCGCUGCCAAACACCACGGCGUCCGUGGCGCGCGCGUCCCCCGACCCGUCCGCGCCCUUUGUUCUGCGCGCCUCGGCGACGCUCGACGGGUGGACGGUCUUCGACGCGCUCGGCGCCAUCCUCCACGCGGCGCCGGCGCAGCCCUGGACGGGCGCGCAGAUGCUCGAGCACCCGGACGGCCAGCCGAUGCGGGCGCUGCUGCGGUACUCUGCGGCCGGCUCCUGGGCCACGCAGCGGCGCCACGCGCACGUGCUCAGCGCCUGGGCGACCGACGGCCGGCGGCGCAUCGAGAUUGCCGAGGCGUCGGUGGCGCCGGUGGCGCCGGUGGCCGCCGCCGCAGCCGGCCCCGCAGCCGGCAGCGUGUGCGUCGACGUGCUUGUGGCCGGCUGGGUGCUCGAGGCCACGGCGGCCGAGCAAGCCGGCGCCGAGGCGCACCGAAGGCCGCAGCACGCCGUGCGCGUCACUCGCUUCCUGCAGGCCAACCCGCGCGGGUGGCUGGACGCGGCGGACAACGCGCUCGCGCGGCUGGCGGCGGCGCAGGCCGCACGCGACUGGGCAGCGCGCGCCAUCCCGCAGCUCUCGGCGCACCUGCGCGUCUCCGGCGCCGCGCCGCUGGUCGUCUGGACGCGCAACGCAUACGCGCUCGGCGCGCAGCGCUUUCGCGCGCGCAGCGUGGCGCCCGGCGCCGCGUGCGAGAUCGAGCUGCGCGUCGAGCACACAGUGUGGGGCGCCGCGCACGCCAUCGCGCUGCGCGUCAGCCCGUGGGCGGCCGACGGCUGUGCGGCUGCGUGCUUUGUCGACCCGGACAUUGACCCGCACGCGGUGCGGAUUCGCCUGCGGCUGGAUGCCCGCGUGAUGGCGCCGGUCGAGCGCCGGUGGCCGGUGGCCUGCGCCACGGUUGAGCGGCGCGAGGGCGGGCCGCGGGCGGCGUUGUCGCUGCCGCCGCGGAUCGAGAUCAACGGCGUGCAGGCGCGCGUGCGGUUUCUCCGCAGGGCGACCGACCCGGCGCUGUAUGGCCGGUGCCAGUCGGUGGCUGCGCAGGACGCCGGCGCGAUGGAGUGCGCUGCGCGGGAGUUUGUCGAGGUGGCUUCCGGCGCGCUCAAGGGCGCCGGGCCGCAGAGCGGCGGGCUGCCGGCGCCGCUGGGCGGGGCGGUCGCGGUCGCCGGGUACUCGGCGGCCGGCGGCCGUGGCGCCGCUGCGAUGGCGCUUUCGCCCGACCGCUUUGCCGACCUUGCGCAGCGCACGUUCGCCGAUCUGCGCCACGCGGCGGCGGCGGACCCCACGCGGCGGCGCUGGGAGGCGCAGCGCAACCCAGGCCGGGCCGACCAGGCCCGGCUGCCCAUUGCGCUGCACCCCGAGAUCCCCGUGACGCUGGCCUCCGCCGUGCUGCCAGCCACCGCCGCCGCGCACGCCAUCCAGGCGCUGCUCCGCUGCUUGGGCGAUUCCGCCGCCGGCGGGUGUCCGCUCUUCCUCGGGCGGCGCACGCUGCAGGCGGUCAGCGCAGGAACAACCAUUGAGCACGCGCGCCUGCACGUGCCGCUGCUCUGCGCCGCACGCGACGCGCUCAGCGUGCGGCGGAUCUCCGUCAGCCCUUCGGUGCCCACGCGCCGGCGGCUCUCCGCCUGGGCCCACGGCAGCUCCGCCAGCAGCCGCGGCCGCCGGGAGUACCUGGACCCAGGCCUGACGCUUGUUGAGGCCAGCGUGCCGGACUCGCAGCCGCGGCACUCGGCGGUGCGCGCGCAGCUGCUGCUUUUCGGCAUCCGCGUUGAGCCCGUCGAUCCGUUCGAGCGCGUGGCCAGCGGCGACCGGCGGCUGCAGCACCCGGCCUGCCGCUUGACCGUCGCCUGCUGCGUCGACUAUGCCGGCAGCCUGCCGCUGCUUGUGCGCCGCUCGCUGUCCGAGAGUGUCCCCGGGGACGUUGUUGCUUGGGUUAGGCAGGCUCUGGGCAUGCAGGUGCAGCGCCCGUUCUUGCUCGCGCCCUUGCCUGCGUCUGUGCGCAAGCUGCCCCGCGGUGGCCACUCGGGCGCGUGGGUGGUGCGCGAGACCGUUGAGGCCGCGGUCGAUGGGUCGCUGCGCAGGUUCGUGCGCUUGCUCGACGCGCCGGUGCAGAGCAUAGGGGUGCCUGCGGCGGAUGCUUUGCGCUUUUCGGCUUGCGUCUGCCUACCCAAAGCGCAGGGCUUCUCCCCCUCGCCCGGCAGCACCAGGGACGGGGGUGGGGGUGAGGGGGCAACGCUGAUUGUUGCUGACAUUCACGUGCCACCGAGCCUAACGCGCAUUUCCGCACGCCUAUCGUGGUCGGUGCCGUCGGAGCCUGGCGAGGCGGAGGAUGCGGAGGGCGCGCUGGAGCCGAUCGUGCCUAUUUCGUCUCCCUCCUCGCAUGGCUGUAGCGAGUGGCUCAGCAGCAGCAUGGUCUCUGCCCACGUGUUCCAAACCGCCAGCGCCGAUGGCCGUGAGCACCUGCUUCUGCGUAUCUGCUGCUCGCACCUGCCCUCCGCCACGGGUGGCAGCAGCAGUGUUUGUGGCAGGCGGCUGAGGGUGGAUGUUUCGCCUGGUGAGCGGCCCGGCGUGGAGAUCAACUCGCAGCUCAUGCGCGUGCUCCCAAUGGGAAGCGAGCGUCUGAUACACGUGGACACGAGCAAUGGGCGUCGGAUGCUCGCAUGUACAGACAGCAGCGAUGGCAAUGAGGAGGAGGAGGAGGAGCCGGAUUAUGGGUCGGACUCGAUUUCGCUGGACGAGUGUCCGCCGCCCUCUGCUUCGCUGCGGAUGCCAGCUUCCUCCCCUUGCUGCGCGGGCAGCAUCGGGGACAAUAGUAUCAGGACUGCUGCGGAGUCCAUUGCGCCGUCUGUAGUUGCUGCCGGCUGUGAGCUGCAGCCGUCCUUGUUCGAAGAUGAAGCGCAGGAGCAAGGCCAGGGUGGCAGUGCUGAUGGUGAACGGGCGGAGCAUGGCCAGGAAAUAGAGGUGGGGGAGAGGCGCGUUGAGGCGGCUAGCAAAGGGCGUGAAGUGAUGUUGGGUUUUGCGCUGAUGAUGCCGGUGCGCCGGUGGGUCUGGGCACCACGGGCUUCAAGGAGCGCAAGGAGGAAGUCUACACUGGCGUUGGUUGUGCUCGUGCUUGUUGCCCUUGGUGCUGUCACUUUGGGGUGGAUUCUGGCAUACCAAACCUAUGUGUCAGUUUUUUUUUUUUAAAUGUAAACUAGCGAUUUUUAAAUAUAAACAUUUUAAUCCUU